AUGGCGGCCCAGCGGCCUGUCAGUGCCAGAUCAAGGAAAAAUACGGAGCUGUGUGCCAGACUGAGAACAUCACCUGUUAAAGAUUGAACUGGAACAUUGGAGGAGAUUGUCUAAAGGAGAGAAGAGUUUGGCCAAAACCACAACCCUCCACAAAAACCAAAGACAUUUGUGGAGCUAGUGUGGGAGGCACUGCAGGAUGUCACCCUGAUCAUCCUGAUGCUGCCAGCCAUCUUUUCAUUGGCCCUGUUGUUCUACCUGGCGGCUGUGGCUCAGUGGCAGAACUGUGGCAAAGCGUCUGGUUGCGUGGAGGAUGAAGGUGAGGCAGCGGCUGGAUGGAUCGAAGGCACUGCCAUCCUGCUGUCAGUGGUCUGCAUGGUCCAGGUGACAGCCUUUAAUGUCUGGAGCAAAGAGAAGCUGUUCCGCGGCCUCCAGAGCCGCAUUGAGCAUGACCAAAAGUUCACCGUUGUCCGAGGGGGGCAGGUGAUCCAGAUCAAUGUGUCCGAGAUUGUCGUUGGCAACAUUGCGCAAGCCAAAUAUGGUGAGAGAUCAAAAAGCAUGCACUUAGCUAUAGCAGAGCGCCCAUUGGUUGAGAGUGAUUACUAG